GUAGUUACGAAGUAUGACGCUAUCGACACAAUCAGUUAUUCAAGGCUAAAGACACGCUGGACUAUUAUAUUCAAACUGUUGAGGCUAAAUGUAAUGUGAUGCCAAUUGAGAGUUCAUGGAGCUCUAAUUUGAUUGCACCAACAGUCGAACGAAUUGAGAGUGGUCUGGAGAUCAUUGACAGCCCUCUACUUCCUGGUGGAAUGUUUUACAGCCGCACAUGUCUCUAUUCUGCUACCAGAGACAACCUGGACAUGUUGCGAAAGUUGGGUUAUCACUUUUUUGUAGCUGGAGAUAAAGAAUCAUCUCAAUGGAAACCGAAAGCGUUGGGAUACGGGAGAAAGAUUCUUUAUUCAAUACUUCCUACAUGGACUUGUACAGUAACGGGAGAAGUCAGUGAUGACGCUCUCGUACUUCUUCUAAAGCAAGCUCGUUUAGCUGUUGUUGCAGCAAUCGAAUGUCAACCAAAGGCCGAGAAUGGUAUCGUUCACUUUUUAUGUUUUUUUAGCAGUUCCAGUUUGCAGGAACGAGCGCAAACUGUAUUGCGUGAUGAGAUUGGAUUUGCGACAAGCGAUUACACUCCAAUGUAUGGCAGCAAUCGUCGUUGUGCAGUUUACGAACGACGAGUUUAGCGCAAGUAGAAUCAGCUAUCUAGACAACUUAUAUAAUAAAUAAUAUGCCAUGGGCUUUUAUUAAAUUCCAAUAGCGUUAGCUGUGCUAGAAAUUGCUAGAGCUAUAUUUAUUAACUAUGAAUGGUUUGUGAUGGUUAUAUUUGUCUAUCUAAGGUGUAUUGUGAAUCAAUAU